AAUACGAUUGGCCUUGCUCUCUCUCAUCUGUGCUUUGCUUCCCAUCGAAGCCUUUAAAAAGGUCUAUUUUCUUCUUCUUUGUUUUGAACCCGGCCACAACUCAUUCCAGAGACACCGGCCUCCUAAAACUCAGACCCCCUCUCUCUCUCUCUCUCUCUCUCUCUGUGGGCGCGCAAAGGCAGUCCCUCCUCUUCAUCAGCAGGGACGUCCCUCCAUACAAAUGUUGAAUUGUACUACUACUACUACUCCGACGAGCACAUUAUGUGGUGGUAAAGGUGUGGCGCAGGUGAAGCGAGAGGAGGAGGAGGAGGCGAUUGUGAAGGAGGCCAGUAGGGGUGGCAGUAGUAAUAACUCAAACACUACUACUAGUAAUAGGAAGAGGAAGGCUGUGGUAUUAACAGCGCCGUUGAAGUUAGAAGGAGAAGGAGGCGACGAAUACAGAGCCCCUAAUAUCCUCCAACGCGUUCUCGGUCUCUUGAAGAAUGUCCGCCCUGGAACUGACCUCACCCGUUUCCAGAUGCCGCCAAUCUUCAACAUCCCCAAGACAAUGCUUCAGGUUUAUGGGGAGUCAGUUUAUUGCGUUGGUAAAGAUCUGUUGGGUCAGUGUGCCAAUGGGAGGAAUCCCGUUGACAGGUUUAUAUCUGUUGUUGCAUGGAACAUAUCUACACUACGCCCUCUGAUGUUUGGGGUUGCUCCGUACAAUCCCAUUCUUGGAGAGACUCACCAUGUCUCUAGGGGCACCCUGAACGUACUGUGUGAACAGGUUUCUCAUCACCCACCGGUAUCUUCAGUUCAUGCAACCGAUGAUGACAAUGGAAUUGAAAUGAUAUGGUGCCAUCAUAUUGUCCCGAAAUUCAAUGGUGCUUCAGUAGAAUCUGUGGUUAAUGGUCAAAGGGAGCUGAAACUCCUGAAUAGGGGUGAAAACUAUGUGGUAGGCACUCCUAAUCUUCUAAUAAGGUUUCUCCCAAUGCCUGGUGUUUAUUGGUCGGGCAACAUCAGAAUCCACUGUCAAGAAACUGGCCUUGAAGCUGAGUUAUGUUUUGGAGGCAGUUCUUUUCUAGGCCGCAGAGCAAAUCAGAGAUCAGUCAGAGGAAAGAUAUUUAUGGCAUCAUCAAGGAAGACAAUUUAUGAGGUUAAUGGCCACUGGGACAGAGCUGUCACAGUUAAGGAUGUCAGCAAUGGGAAACUUACAGUGAUCUACGAUGCCCCAACUGUGCUUUCCGGACUUAAAACUCCAAUCCUAAAAGAUCCAGAGGGCUUGUGGCCAAGUGAGUCAGCUGUAGUGUGGGCUGAGGUAAGUCAAAACAUCCUGAGCAAAUGCUGGGAGAAAGCAAGGGAAGCAAAGACAGCAGUUGAGGAGAGAGAGAGGGAUAUGUUAAGAGAGAGAAAGGCAAAGGGAGAAACUUGGGUUCCUAAGCAUUUCACAGUCUCUUACAGCAAGGAAGGUGGGUGGACUUGCUUACCGAACCAGAGGUUGGUCCCACCAGCCCCAAUUGUUGUCCCUUUUUGAGUUAUUUGUGUUUUGCAAGCUAGGAAUAAGUAGGUUACCAGAAAAGGCAUUCAUUCUCAUCUGGGUACAGUUUACUUGGGGUAUACAUUCAGUUAUACUAGUAGCUCUCCAAACUCCCAACUGUAAAAUGUUUUAAUAUUAGUGUGCCCAGUUUGGAAAA